AUGUCUCCUAGAAAAAAAUCCGCAUCAAGAAAUAAAACACCAGUAUCGCCUAAAAAGAUAACUCCAGUUAGAAUUACACGCGGUUCUAUUACAUCAGCUUCGUCCCAGAAAAAGAGGCAAAGAACUGAACAACCAGCUGUGGAAAUUAUUAGUGAUAGAGAGAAUAAUUUAGAAGAUAUUAGUUAUGAAGAGGCGUCAAAUGCUCUAAAUUAUGCUGCCAAUGUUAAUGAUUCUGAUUCUCUUCAUGAGUUGACAACCAAGGAGGCUUCACAUAUUGCAACAUCUUCAAAGUCUAUAGUCGAAGAUACUGUGAUGGUGCUACCUUCACCUUCAAAUUCAAGUGUGGAAAUGGUAACUUUAAUAGCAACAUCACAUAUAAGUAAGA